CAAAUAUUUUUUUUAACAUCAACUUGCCUUUCUCGACAUUAUCAUUUUUAAAAUUAAAAAAUUUUCAAUUGAAAAUAAUUUCUUUCGGUGACAAACAUAUUUUUUAUACAAGUAUUUUGUUUUUAACUAAAAAUUCAAGUUUUUUUUUAUCAAAUGACUAAUCAAAACGGCCAAUUGAUUUUGCAAACUUUGCAAAAUUUAGAUGAACCCUCAACAAUUUUGAAAAUUUCGAAAAAGAUAGCCGAUACUGUGGGCGCAGACAUAAAUGAUGUAAAAGAUUCCGUCAAAGCCACUUUAGAUGGUGGUGUACAGUAUGGCUAUGUGCAGCGUCUAAAUCGCAAAUAUUUUGCAGCUCCUCUUGAGCUGGAAGCAUUGGAUAAUUCAGAAGCCAAUAAUGAUCAAGAUAUGGAAGCGUUGCAAGAUCGUGCUGCAAGAAGACGAAGAGGGGGACGUAGAAGUCGACGGCGUGUGGGUAGCCGACGCAGACGUAGAUCUCGCCGUUAAAAUUUGGCAAAAAUAAUUUAUGUUUAAGUCUUGUGUUUGAAAAUUGAUUGUUGCAAAAAUUUUAUUUUGUAGAAGGAAAUUAGCAUUUGAAAUUAGUUGGAAUUUCAAUAAAGUUUGCGAGCAAAUUUGA